AUGAAAUCAGAUGUUUUGUUUAUGAUUUUUUGCGUGCUCACAUCUCUCGUUCUAAGCAACGUUAGAGAAGUGGAAGCCGUAAAUUUUGGAUGCAACCUUACAACAUCUUUCCCUGGAAAGUGUGGAAACAAUGGAAAUACUGCAUGCGUAAACGACGUAAAAAAAAAUCCUCACGCACCAAAAAAUCUGAACAUACGUUGUGAUUGUGCUGAUAAAUAUGUGUGGCCGGGUACGCCUCCUCAGCGUUGGUGUAGAUGUAUGUAUGUUUGCUAA